GGUUGGUAGAGAUAUCCAUAGACACAGAAGAGGAUAUGGUUUAGGGGUAUUCAUGUAAUAAUACAAAACUAUAACUGCUCUGUGUAAAAUUUCCGAUUACAUAAUGUGUGAACAAAUGAUCAUGUAUUAUUGUUUACGAUUUUUCUUUUAUAAUUUAGGACGGAGAGAUUAUUCUAUUUAAAUAUAUACUAUAAAUAAAACAUAUACUAUAAACAAUUAUAGCAGAAAAAAUAAAUUACAGCAGAAAACAUGUUAUUGGUUGUUGUGUCUUGGCGUUUUCUUCUUCAUAGAUUAUGAUUAAUAGAUUGACUCAAAUUUGUUCCACGCAAUCCAGUUCAUAUUGGUCUGCUUGAUUUAUUUAACUCUAGACUGAAACACAAAUAUUCAUCUCCAUCAUAUAUUCAUAUUCAUACUUGUGUUACUUGCAAUUUUGUUGAAGUUUGAGUUGAAGAGAAAAUGGUAACAAGGAUGGUGGAUCUUCGGUCAGAUACAGUCACAAAACCAACCGAAACAAUGCGAGUUGCUAUGGCGAAUGCUGAGGUUGACGACGAUGUUCUUGGCCGUGACCCUUCAUGUGUUCAGUUAGAAAAAGAAAUGGCAAAAAUAACUGGCAAGGAAGCUGGUCUUUUUGUUCCAUCAGGCACUAUGGGAAACCUCAUAUCUGUGCUUGUUCAUUGUGAUAUAAGAGGAAGUGAAGUUAUACUUGGAGACAAUUCACAUAUUCAUAUUUAUGAGCAUGGAGGUAUUGCAACCAUUGGAGGUGUACAUUCAAGAGCAGUUAAAAAUAAUGACGAUGGCACCAUCAACAUCGAUUUGAUUGAGGCUGCAAUUAGAGAUCCAGAAGGGGAGCUUUAUUAUCCAACCACAAGGCUCAUUUGUUUGGAAAAUUCUCAUGGAAACUCUGGAGGUAGAUGCCUUUCGGUUGAAUAUACAGAAAGAGUUGGAGAGGUUGCUAAGAAGCACGGAUUGAAGCUUCAUAUAGACGGAGCUCGUAUAUUUAAUGCAUCAGUUGCACUCGGUGUUCCUGUGGAUAGGCUUGUUCGAGCAGCUGAUUCAGUAUCGGUUUGCCUAUCUAAAGGUUUAGGUGCUCCAGUUGGAUCUGUAAUUGUUGGUUCCAAUAGCUUUAUAGCCAAGGCUAGAAGGCUUAGAAAAACUUUAGGUGGUGGAAUGAGACAGGUUGGAAUCCUUUGUGCAGCUGCACUUGUUGCAUUACAAGAAAAUGUUGAAAAGCUAGAAAGUGAUCACAAGAAAGCUAGAUUUUUGGCUGAUGGAUUGAAUGAAAUUAAAGGACUGAGAGUGAACACUUCUUCUGUGGAAACCAAUAUUAUAUAUAUUGAAAUUGAAGAGAGUUCACAAACUACAGCAGCAAAGCUUUCAAAGGACUUAGAAGACUAUGGUAUCCUUGUCAUACCAAUGGGCUCAUCAAAAUUGAGAGUUGUGUUCCACCACCAAAUAUCAGAUAGCGACGCGCAGUACGCUUUGUCGUGCUUCCAGCGUGCCGUUACCGGAGAAUCAAAUGAAAAUGGCAACUAGUGGAAUAAUUUCAUGUUUGUGAACUUGCUG